GGCACCGAUUACAAUCAACGACCCCCAAAGUUGUUUGUACAUGUCUGUCGACACAGUACCAUCUUGAUCAGCACUACAUACUCCAUCGAACGGCAGUAGAACAGAUGCAUCAAGCUCUACUCGUUCCCGACAUCUUCCUUGAAAUACUCUCCCAUGUGAAUCAUAUCCUGAACCCAUCGUCUACAAGCGAAAAAGCACUGGCUCGGAAAUCCAUUGCAGCGCUUGCAACCACAUGCAGAUCCUUCCACGAACCCUCGAUGGAUUUUCUAUGGGCUAAAGUAGACCAGUUAGAACCACUACUAGGCUGUGUAACGAGGCUACAUUCACUGAUAUAUUUUAGUGGUCCAAUGCGCCAGUACUCCUGGUCAAAAGGCAUCGAACCUUUAUCUGCACAAGAGGCCCACCAAUUCUUGCGUCACUCUGCACGGAUUCGUUCAUUGAAUGUACCAUCCGAUCACUUUUUCCACCUUCUCUCAGUUGUCCCCAUCGAAAAAUGCGUCUUCCCGAGGUUGCAGUCGUUGACGUGGAGGGUUUCUACUGGCAAAUAUUUGAACCUAUUCAUGUCCCACACGCUGCGCCGUUGUUCUCUAUAUGAGGUCAAUGAAGAUCUGAAAUCGAUCGUGACCCGCUGUGCCGCUUUGCAGCACUUAUCCAUAACUUUUGAUGCGAGCACAGCAGAAUCGUUGUCUCUACUGUCUGACAGUGUCCGUCUGUGCAAACAGCUUUCAACUCUGUCUUGUCCAGCCCUCGACUGGGCAGCAUGGAAGCACCUCUCCAACAUCCCUACCCUAGUCAGAGUGGCAAUCCGUGAAGUGCAGUGUUACAGUUCACCUCCUCGCCUACGUAUCGUUAGUUUCUCCAAAUUCCUCAACGUCACGGCUCUCUCUUUCCGCGUUUACAGUGCUGCAUACAUUGUCGCAGUCAUGCAACACUCACAGUUCCCCUCGCUGGUAGAGCUCAAGAUGGAAACCGACCUUAUGUCUUUGGCAGAGGCUGAGGGACUAUUUUGUGCGCUCUCCCCGCUCUCCCACUCCAAGGCAUGCCAGACCUUGCAACAGUUCGAAAUCACCAUUACGAGCUUUGGUCCCAGAUUCGAAUAUCAUCAAGGCAGCUCUUUCACAGCUAUUCCGCAUCUCUUUUGUUUCACACAGCUCCAAACCCUGCGGCUCGUUUGCCGUUUCUCCUAUAUCUACCUUGACAAUGACCUUCUCUUGCAAGCCAUGUCAAAUUGGCCGCACAUGCGCACUCUCGAAAUCGAAGGCUCGUCUCUUCAUCCUUCUACCGUUACAUUCCGCGGAUUAUUCAAAGCGAUCCGUUUGUGUCCACGCCUGCAUACCCUGCGAAUGUUCAUCGAUCCUGCGGACACCAAAAUCGAUUUCAACCAAAAACGACACACCUCUCUAAACACGGUGGACUUUGACACCUUCUCUCCCGUAUCAGACACCGCAGCUGUGGCUCAAAUCAUUUUCGACGUGCUCCCAUGCGUCGACCAAGUUAACCGAUUUACGAUGCACACGAAGGAGUGGGAUGAAGUCAACACGCAUCUCACAUCUCUGAAAGCUGCUGCUGAGUAUAGGUGCGAACAGGCAUACUUUGAGUUGUGAUAUCAUAUAUCGUUGAUGUUUGCUAUUGUUGCAAUUGUUUUUCCCGCUCUGGCUGUUCAAUUGUUGUAUUGCAUGUCUUGUCAUAUUUUUGUGUAGAAUAUUUUGUGCCUCCUUGAGUCCAGAAUGGACCCGCGUCUUUAUCUGCAUAGCCUGCGGAUCGUUAGUUGGCCUUAACAUCUGCCUGGACCAAUAAACAUACAUUGCACAGCGAAAAUAACGCAUACAAUAAUGG